ACAAUUAUGUUAUGAAUGUUGCAGGUUACAUUCCCUUCCCUGGAGAGAUUGCAAAUUAAAAGACUAACAAAGAUAACAGAGAUAUGGGAUAGGAAAUUACUUCCAUCAGACUCUUUUCGACAGUUGAGAGACGUGACCAUCAGGAGCUGUGAGAAAUUGGUGAAUGUCUGUUCGUCCAAUAUCCCUCGACAAUUACCGAAACUAAAACGACUUGAGGUUCGUGAAUGUCGAGAGCUGAAAGUAAUAGUAUUGAAGAAUGGGGGGGAAGAAGAAGAAAACAACAAUAAUACCAAUUCGUUCCUUCAAUUAACGAGUUUGACACUUGAAGAUUUGCAGAGCCUCAACAGCUUUUUCACCUAUAGAUCUGAAACACAAUCCCUCUUCACUAGCCAGGUUACAUUCCCUGCCUUGGAGACAUUGGAUAUUGAUGGACUAACAAUGAUAACAGAGAUAUGGGAUAGGAAAUUACUUCCAUCAGACUCUUUUCGACAGUUGAGAGACGUGACCAUCGGGAGCUGUGAGAAAUUGGUGAAUGUCGGUUCGUCCAAUAUGCCUCGACAAUUACCGAAACUAGAACGACUUGAGGUUAGUCAUUGUCGAGAGCUGAAAGUAAUAGUAUUGAAGAAUGGGGGGGAAGAAGGAGAAAACAACACUAAUACCAAUUCGUUCCUUCAAUUAACGAGUUUGACACUUGAAGAUUUACAGAGCCUCAGCAGCUUUUUCACCUCUGGAUCUGAAACACAAUCCCUCUUCACUAGCCAGGUUACAUUCCCUGCCUUGGAGACAUUGCAUAUUGAUGGACUAACAAUGAUAACAGAGAUAUGGGAUAGGAAAUUACUUCCAUCAGACUCUUUUCGACAGUUGAGACACGUGACCAUCGGGAGCUGUGAGAAAUUGGUGAAUGUCGGUUCGUCCAAUAUGCCUCGACAAUUACCGAAACUAGAACGACUUGAGGUUCGUGAAUGUCGAGAGCUGAAAGUAAUAGUAUUGAAGAAUGGGGGGGAAGAAGAAGAAAACAACAAUAAUACUAAUUCGUUCCUUCAAUUAACGAGUUUGACACUUGAAGAUUUGCAGAGCCUCAAAAGCUUUUUCACCUAUAGAACUGAAACACAAUCCCUCUUCACUAGCCAG